CCCAGCCCCCUCCCAUUUUAUCUUCCGAGGCUAUGCUAUCAUUGUGUUGGUCCAAAUGAGAAACUGGCUAACCGAAACGUAUUCCAGCGAACAUCUGUUAUAUUGCGCCGAGCAAGCGUCAAACUAAAGUAACUUUUUGUGGUAUAUAUGAGCCCUCAUCCCAGAACAUAAUACGUAUUUCAGACGGGAGAAAGUGCUACAAAGGGUACUAUAACAUUUUCCUCGAAAAUGCAGAGAACUGACGGCGAUCGAGAGGCCGGGUAAUAGUCUAGUAUUCAAAGCAGACUCCUGUCCAUCUUUGCGACGAUCUUCAGGUUGAUCUCUUUUAGUGUCGAUGGUGUUAUUAAAUUAGUUUUUACUAGAGCUAAAUCUACAGAAAUCGUAAAAUAUUACUUCCGGGCCGAUAAGAGUUCCACUGUGUCACACCGCAGCUACCUGCUUGGAAGAUCAGAAACAGAGAAUGUUGAUGUGGCUCAGUGAGCUCAAUGAUUGGGUCUGGCAGGACCGGCUUUGGUUCCCAGGGGGCCUGGGUUGGGCUGACCUCAAGGACCGGGAUGGCCUCGUUUUCGCUAAAGGGAGCGAUCUCUGGGUGAUCUUCCCCAUUGCUGUAUGCUUCUUGAUCAUCCGGCAAUUAUUUGAAAGGACUGUGGCUGUCCAACUCGCCUCUUUUCUCGGAGUGAGGGAGAAAACACGCGUCAGAGCUGCUCAAAACACAACACUAGAAUCCUAUUUUUGUUCUUGUUCAAAGUUCCCAAUACAGAGUUCCGUGGAGGAUUUGAGUAAAAAGUCUGGCUGCUCAGUGCGGCAGGUCCAGAGAUGGUUCCGGCGGAGGAGGAACCAGGAACGGCCUAGUCAACUUAAGAAAUUCAGGGAAGCCAGUUGGAGAUUUACAUUUUACCUUCUUGCAUUCAUUGCUGGUUUGGGUGCCCUAAUUGAUAAACCCUGGUUCUAUGACAUGAAGGAGAUGUGGAAUGGAUUCCCUACUCUGCCACUGCUACCUUCUCAGUACUGGUACUACAUGAUUGAGUUGGGAUUCUACGUCUCGUUGCUCUUUAGUGUGGCAACGGAUGUCAAGCGCAAAGAUUUUAAGGAGCAGAUUGUUCACCAUGUGGCUACUAUCCUGCUGAUCAGUUUUUCUUGGUUGGUCAACUACAUCCGUGCUGGGACUUUGAUCAUGCUGGUGCAUGAUGCCUCAGACUACCUACUGGAGUCAGCCAAGAUGUUCAACUAUGCAGGCUGGAGAAAAACCUGCAACUACAUGUUCAUCCUGUUUGCAGCUGUGUUCAUCCUUACCCGCCUCGUCAUACUCCCCUUCUGGAUCAUACACACUACAUGGGUUUACCCACUGACCAUAUAUCCACCUUUCUUUGGGUUCUACUUCUUCAACGGGCUGCUGUUUGUGCUACAGUGUCUACACAUCUUCUGGGCCGGCCUCAUCCUGCGCAUGGCAAUCAAGUUCCUUCCCGGAAACGAUAUUGUUGAGGAUGAGAGGAGCGACAGAGAAGAAACAGACUCUGAUGAGGAGGUCGAAGACCGUGAGCGAAAGGACAAAACCAGAAAUGGCUUUGUGCUGCAGAAUGGCAACUGCCACACUGUGCUUAACAACAACCACCAAAACCAUCGCAAAACAGAGUGACUUGUUCCGAAGAGAAUUUGUCUGGAAUGGGAAAGAGCGACUUUCCCAUGAGGCCAAGGACCGAGGCCAAAGUGAGGCAGAAUGGAUGGUGGAAAGGCCACACUCACACACAGAUUGAAUACUAUAAACAUAAAAAUGCUAAAGAUCACAUACACUACUUACAAGGCCCUCUGCUGGGGAUGGGAUUCACUGCGCUUUAGGUCACAUUUGCUGAAGGGAGAGGAUGGAACACCAGGAAAGGUGGUAAUGGAGCCAGACACAUCGUAAAACUGUGUUCAUGGUCUAUGAGCUGUCCAGUGCCUUAGCACUUAGCAAGAAAAAAAUAUUUUCUCUUCCUCCCUCUGUUUGUUUUUGUUCUGAGUAGUCCUAUUGCAAAUAACUCACUGGGCCAAUCCCAUUCUUGUAUCUUCCUGUUCUGCUUUAUGGAAAAAGCUAAAACUAACGCUUGUUUAUAGAAGCGUUCUCUUCCUGCAGGACUGGUAAACUUCAACUGGACUGUUAAAAUACAAACACUCUAUGUUCUAAGUAUGCUGUCAUCUGUCCCAAAUAAUGAGUUAGUUUUCACCUAAACCACAUUAAGGUCAAUGCUAUGUGCCAACACUUAAAAUUGCUAAGAGAGAUGAGGUGCUCUUAAUGACCACAACUUGGUACGAGUGUUCAAAUGACCAUGUCAAGCGACUAAAACACACAGUAGCUACACCAGAAAAGUAGCCAUUUUGUUAUGGGACAGUAGUAGAGCAGUCACUACUUUUGCUGCCAUGGCAUUCUUAUUCAACGUAGAAAGUGCCAGUGUUAAUGUUUUUGCUUACAUUUUGUUGAAGAAAAAGAUGGUGGUAAUUAAGUUGUUUUAAAGGAUUGGUUUAACAUUUAUUAUUAUUAUUUGCCAAAUCUGUUGUGAUUUCACUUGGUUAUGAAAAACAGACCACCUGCAUUUUGUGUACCUCGAGCAGUUUCCCUAAUUGGCUUGUAAUGUGCAGGCUGUUGGGAAAACUGUAGUGGCACAGAGAAGUAGCGAAGCAGGUAGGGCAAACCACUACAAAUCCAUAAAUGAUUAAGUAGAUAGAGAUUUGCAUAACUGUAUGUGUACAAUAUUUAGAUUUGCACAACUGGAUGUGUGCAAUAUCUAAAAUGUGUAUAGUUAUAUGGAGAUAUUUCAUGUUUCUAACAGGCGUAUUAGGGCAUUUGUUGAGGUUUUGGUGUUUUUGGCCCCUGUACUGUAGAUAUAGCAGUGAGUCUUUUCUCCAAGUUCUUCAAAACCAAGUGAUAUCUGGACCCUUCUAUAACAUUCCAUUUGGAUCAAAAAUAGAGAUUUGGUUCAAAUAGUGAAUGUAUCCUCUUACUGUCUAAAAAAACAUUGGAGUUUUGUUGACAUUGCAUGCAUAUGCAAUUGUGUGCAUAUACUGUUAAUGUAAUGGCUCUUGGAGAGCAGAAAGCACACAGCUUGAGAUAAUAAUAAUUAUUAUUAUUUGUUUGUUUGUAAAAGGAAAAAACAAAACUUUUAGUUCCAAUUUUAUUUGCUAAUAUGAAGUCCAGUCACUAAUCCAUACACAUUUCAAAGAAAUGCUCAAACUAGUCCAACCCUGAUUCAGCUGGACUGGAGGAGAAUUAAUUAAUUCAAAUCAUUAUAUUUUAGUCUGGCUGACACUUCAGUUAGCUGUAUGAUAAUGAAGGGAAUGUGCUUUUCUACUGAUUGGUUCUCCUGUGUGACAUUCAUUAGGACAACCACUCAAGUUCCAACCUCUACAUAUACAUGGUUUUGGUCUUCAAAUCCAAACCAUGUCAGGUCUUAACCCCUUAGGAAAGAGGAGACAAAUAUUUGAGUUGAAAUGGGACACCAAAAUAUGUUUUACAUGUUUUAGUUUGAAAUAUUCUUUUUAUUCUUUUUUUAUUUUUUUUAAUUUUUUUUUGCAAGUGCCUUAUCUGUUACCUGUGAGUCUCUCACCAUGCGGGAAUCUUUCACCAUGCGGGAAUUUCUCUUUCUGGCUUUACAUCAAUUCCCUGCAUAGUGCAUUUACUUUUGACCAGAGGCUGAUGGCCCUCAGUCAGUGUACUACAAAGGAAUUUGGGAUGUAACAUAGAUUUUUCUGCAGUGCAGUAACAUGUCCUUUGUUCCCCUUCAUGUGUUUCUGACAAUGCAAAUACCAUUCCAUCUAAUGACUUACUAUGUGUACUACAGUGUUUCAUUCUAUGUUUUUUGUCAUAGUGUAAAGAUAUCGAUAUACAAAUUAUAACAAAGAUUACUGUGUAUAAGA